UUGUGCUGUUGGUGCUGUGUGGUUGUAAUACUGUUUUACCAAAAAUUUACGUCUUUAGACAACUUCUCCUUCCGAUAACAUGUGCUAAUCUUUUGUCGCAAAUAAGUGAUAAACACCAUAAUUAAUUUUAAACGUGAGUCAAGAUGUGGCCUAAAAUAAUCGUCCUAUCCAUACUGCUACCGUUUCUAAAUGGCCAGUUGUACUUCCCUGACGAAAAAAGCGGUGGCUACGUCCAGAUGCAAAAAGAAGGCCCAUCGGAGCCAAUUUUACCGACAAACCUGACUGAACUAAGAGGAACCACACUUUAUGAACAAUUCGUAGACAAAAUUAUUUCAACCGGAAUUCUCAAACUGACUGUAGCGAUGGAAAAAGCCCUAACUGCAGCAUCGCCCAACAAUUACGAAAGCAUUGUGUUUGCUCCCGUUAACAUUGCUGGAGCACUAGCCCUUGUGCUUUUGGGCUCAAAUGGCAAGACUUUUGACGAGAUUUCGACCAUCAUGGGGCUAGCAACUGGCGUUGAUAUUCACAAUAAGUCCCAACUAGUCCAUGAACAAUUCGGGAGAUUGUUGGAAAAACUGCAGAUUACUUCAGGGUUUGAUAUUGGGCGUCAAGUCAACAUUGCGAACGCCGUUUUUGUGCAAAAUAAUUACCCUAUUCGACAAAUUUACAAAAACACGGCUGAAAUGGUUUACAGGAGCGAGGUUUUGAACGUGGAUUUUGAAACGAAUCCAAAAUCGGCCGAACAAAUUAUAAACGCAUGGGUGUCUGAACGGACCAAAGGCAAAAUCACCCAAAUUCUAAACGAAACUCCCGACAGCUCAACCAAAGUGAUUUUGGCCAGUGCUAUGUACUUCAAAGCCGAGUGGGAGCGACCGUUUUUUGACGGGAGCACGAAAAGACGUCCCUUUUAUACCAACGGUCGGGGGGCCAAAAGUGACGUUAUGGUGGAAAUGAUGUCAAACGGUGGCUUGUUCCCUUACUACAAAGACCGGGACUUAAACUGCGAAAUAAUCGGGUUUCCGUACAAAGGCAACCAAACCACCAUGUACGUUGUAAUCCCCACCAAUUCGGACAAAACGAAAUUAAAAGAACUCGAAGACAAGUUGGACUAUAAGCAAGUCGAGCGUUUGGUCGCCAAUGUGAAAUACACGGGGGCUAUCGUCAUAUUUCCGAAAAUGCGCAUCGACACAACGAUUGAUUUGAAAAAAUCGCUCAAAAAUUUAGGCGUGCGUUCGCUCUUCAGUCCAGCUGAGGCGAACCUAGCGCUGCUGUCCCCCGGAAAAGGCGCUCCGGGCACGAAUCCGGUCAUCGGCAACUCGAUCCAGAACCCAAUUUCGGUCAACACGACCGGAAACGACGUCAUUAUAUUCAACCGGAACGGAGAAGUGGUCAAUUGUACGCAAAUUUUCAACCCGAAGAGCAAUGUCAGUACUUGCGAGCAGGUCGUGACCGAUUCCUCAACUCCGCAGAAGGUCGUGUACAAGAAGUUUGGGAAUAAAGUUGGGCGGAGGAUCGACGGGGAGAUAACUCCGCGAAUUGCCGAAACUUUGGAUAAUGUUAGACAGUAUUUAAAUCAGCAGAGCAACGCGGAGAGGUUUGAAAAUCCGGGACUGUAUGCUGAUAAUGUCAUUCAUAAGGUGUAUAUGGAUAUUACUGAGAGUGGGACUGAAGCGGCCGCUUCCACGUCGAUUAGUCUGUCGAGGGAUGGAGGAAGGGUCACGGUUAGGGCCGAUGUGCCCUUUUUGUUUUUCAUCAUGCAUGAGGAGACCAAGACCAUGCUGUUUUGGGGGUCGGUGAACACGCCCACACCCAAUUUCAAAUAAUCCGGCGUUUGUGAGCACUUUAUAAACAUUAUUUACACGAUUGUGAUUUCGUUUUUUACCUUUGUACCUAUUUAUUUUUAUGUGUAAGUGUGCAUUAAUAUUAAAGAUUUGUCCACUC